CUGUCGUAUGUUUUGUACCUAAAUUUCUAAUUUCAAUAACUUCAUUAACAUUUUGUUUUUGUACAGCACAAACGCCACAAACAUUAGUGCAUUACAAACUCGUUUGCUGUAUAGUACAUACUGUAUUGCUGUGUGGUCUGUGCUGUGUACACGGUGUUACGUUCUUGAUAAACAAAUUUUUUUAUUAAACUGUUUUUAAACCAUGUGCCCUUAUCCGGUUAGAAGAAAAUGUAGUCAAUGGUACCUACUCUUGUAGUCGAUCAUCGCACCACAAGUUGAAAACUGCGAUCAAACAGCAAAAUCGGCGAUGAAUUCAAUAUUUCAAUAUUCAAUGUCUUCCAAAAAGACUUGUAUGCUGCUGGCUGUAUGCUUUCUAUUUACAUUCAGUCACUCUGUAAAUGGUUUAUCAUGUUAUUGUGACAUAUGCGCUGAUUCAAACUACACUUGUGUUACCGAUGGAUAUUGUUUCACGAGUAUAUCAAAAGAUACAAGUGUUAUUCGUCAUUCAUCUCGUUGCUUGCACAAGUACCAGUUUUUCCCACCAGAAAAGCCAAAUAUUUGUUUUCGAAGAAAGUUUCUGGAUGAAAUCUCAGUGUCGUGUUGCCAGGAUCGAGAUUAUUGCAAUCGUUGGCUAUACCCAAAACUGGUUGAAGUUAAACCUACAGACGAUUCAUUGAAUGACCAUAAAAAGGAGAGAUUGGGCAAAUGGGAACUGGCUAUUAUAAUAGCCGGCCCAAUAGGUGUCGUAUGCCUUGUUGUCAUGCUUAUUAUGAAUUUUUGGGCUGGAUCAACUAAGCGUCAUAAUAUUAGAUAUCUACGAACCCCUCGAAUCAUAGCGGCUGAUCAGCAACCUAUUUUAACUGCAGCUGUUUCUUUGAGAGACAUGAUUGAAAUGACUACUAGUGGAUCGGGAUCAGGAUUACCACUUUUGGUUCAAAGAAGCAUUGCUCGUCAAAUCCAACUUGGUGUCCCUAUUGGUAAAGGUCGUUUUGGAGAAGUAUGGCAAGGAAAAUGGCGAGGAGAACAAGUAGCUGUAAAAAUAUUUUCAUCUAGAGAAGAACGGUCAUGGUUUAGAGAAGCUGAGAUAUACCAAACAGUUAUGCUCAGACAUGAUAAUAUUUUAGGAUUUAUUGCUGCUGAUAAUAAAGAUAAUGGCACUUGGACUCAAUUAUGGCUAAUAACUGAUUACCAUGAAAAUGGUUCACUUUUUGAUUUUUUGAACCGAAGUACAGUAGAUACAAAUGGAAUGAUUCGUAUAGCACUGUCUAUAGCAACUGGUCUUGCUCAUUUACAUAUGGAAAUUGUUGGCACUCAAGGUAAACCAGCCAUUGCACAUCGAGAUCUCAAAUCAAAAAAUAUUUUAGUUAAAUCCAAUGGAACUUGUGCUAUUGGUGAUUUAGGACUUGCUGUACGAUAUGAUACUUCUAUGGAUACAGUCGAUAUACCAUUAAACCACAGAGUAGGCACUAAACGAUAUAUGGCCCCAGAGGUUUUGGAAGAAACGAUCAACAUGAAUCAUUUUGAUUCAUUUAAAAGAGGUGAUAUUUAUGCUUUGGGUUUAAUACUUUGGGAAGUAACACGGAGAUGUUAUGUUGAUAACAUACACGAAGAAUAUCAAUUGCCAUAUUAUGAUAGUGUACCAUCUGACCCUACUAUUGAUGAAAUGCGCAAAGUUGUUUGUUUAGAAAUGAAACGUCCACCCAUACCACAGAGAUGGAAUGCAUACCCGUGUUUACAAACAAUGAGUAAAUUAAUGCAAGAAUGUUGGUACCAUACUGCAUCUGCUCGUCUUACAGCAUUACGCAUUAAAAAAACUCUAGCCACGUUGGGUGCCAUGCAAAGUCAUAGUAUUAAUAUUAAUAUUUAAGGACUUAAUGACCUCUUAAAAGAUAAACCUCUAGCUGCCAAUAGAUUAUCUACAAACAUAUUGUUUACAAUUUCUGGAUAUGUAAUUUAAGUUUAAUAGGUUAUGAAGUCUCCUAAAACAUUGUAUGUGCCAUUUUAUUCUUCAAAAAUGUGAUGGUAUAGGAACUAUUUUAUAUUUAAUAACUAAUACGUACUUAUUAACUGUGUGUUUUUGUAAUCAUCAUACUUGGUUACCGUAACAAAACUUUUGAG